AGCGCGUUGUAAUUGGCGCACGAGUUGGCAAUGUAAAGGCAAAAAAAAUGGUUUGCUAAACACGCCAGCAAUGGACGCUAAAUUGGAUUCGCGUCAAGGACAAUUUCCGGCUUCCUUUCCGGACACAUUCAAGGAUUUCUUUGCCGUUAUGAGCGAAGACGAAGAUCAUCUCGAUUUGUUCUCGAAUUUGUUGGAAGAUAAGGUGAUACCGCAUCACAACAAUGCCAGCCACAGCACAGCGGCCAACACCAACCGAUUUAUACAACGUCGACACGGCGGGAGCCUCCGCUGUCCCACACACCCGCAAAGUGUCAGCGGCGAGGGCGCACACCACUCAGUCGGCCGCUCGAGUUCGUUUCGCGUGCAUCGACCGCGCAACCCAGCGGCCACAUAUGGUGGUGGCGGUGGCGUUGGCGGCGGUAUAAGUAACAGCAGCAGUAUUAUCACAUUGAAUAGCAUCGGACAGAGUGGCGGUCAUAGCAUAGGCAGUGGACACAGCACUGGCAGUGGCAGCAGUGGUGGCGGCAGCGGUAGUGCCAAUGGCAAUGGCAAUUUAUUUUGCAAGCACAUCAAAUACUGCUGCCUGCAUCAGCAACAUGCACAACUGCCCAACAUAGCAGGCACCACUCCGCCGCACCAUCACCAUCAUCCCCUCCAGCAUCAGCAGCAGCAGCAGCAACAGCAGGCACAGCCACAACAACAGCAGCCAACACAACCGAAAUCACCGCAUAAACACCGUUUGGCCCAGCAAUCAGCACAAAUGCAAACGAAAUCCGCAAUAACUGUGCCGACGGCUGCAACAGCUGGUCACUACCUACAACAACACGUGCAUCAGUAUCAGCCUACAGGCGCGGCGUAUGUGUCGGAUUACAGCAAUGAGAUUAGCGGUAGUGUGCGCAUGGGACCGGACGGCGAGGACAACAGUGGUGGUGACGGCAGCAAGGAUCGACAACAGCAUUUGUAUACUGGGCAACACAUGCAUCAGCAACAGCAGCAUCACCAUCAGCAACAACAACAGCGUGCGGCGGCGUUGCAAAAACGGCAUUCGGUGAUAUUGGAAAGAGCAUUCGAUUUUGAUGCUAGCUGUGAGGAAAGUGAUACCAUAAGCAGCACCUCCUCCACACCCACACCGGCUGAAUUGCCUACAUUGCCGCCGCAGCCACCGCCAAGCGCCACAACCACUGUGCUGAAGCCAAUCCUAAAGAAACCCUCAACAGCUGCGCCACAAUAUCAACAAAUGCACCCACAACAGCAACAACAGCAGCAACAUCUGCAGCAUCAUCCAAGCCAGCAUCAACAGCAAAUGCAACUAAAUACAUUAAAGUCCACAGGACCAGCAGCGGCGAACAGCGCCACCGCCCAAACAAAUGUCUGUUGCAAAGACCAAAUGCUGCCACAUCGCGCGCUCCCCCAACCACCGAAAGGACGCGGCUACGGCGCAUACCACACCAAAGAUUCCGUACUGCAGCGUGUGCAACAACAGAGCGGCCUACUUUCCGGCAGUCGCACAAAUCUCAACACGCUAAGUGGCAUGUUAGGAUCAGCGAUAAAUCUCGCCGGCAUCGGAGGCGGCCUGUGUGCGAACGCUAACUCGGGCAUUGGCAAUAACGCGGCGGCGACGGCGACGGCUGGUGCGCCCAUCGAAAUGUCGUGCGGAGGUGUUGUGGGCGAUUGUGUUGGCAACAAUAUGGGCGGUGAGUUGCGCUACAGCAACAGUAUUUACUUUGAUGCGACGACAGUAAAGCCAGCAGGCUCGGCUGACGUGGGCGCCGAACUUCAAAUGGCGUUGGUGGGGGGUACGCCAGCUUGUUGUGCGGCGGCCAAUACGGCGGCGCCACCCACCACCAUCGCCAACACCAACACGGGAAACACUGCCGCUAAUGUAACCAAUAACUUGUUGUACAUGGACCUGCAUACGGCACAUCCGACACACCCGAAAAGUUCGACGUCAGUAAGUAAAUUCAGCGAUCUAUUAAAUGCUGCCAGCGCAAGUUUUGUCAACGCCGUCGCAGCGCCGGCUAUUAGCGCAAACGCCAACAACAGCAACAGCAAUCAUAACGGUGCCAUAGCUGCUGCGGUCGCAUUGGGCAACACUGGACGCAGUAGUGUCAGCACCAAGCGGGUGCAAAAAUCACCAUUACUCGCCAGACGUCGUUCCUCAUCAAUCGUUACAAAUCUAUUGGCUUCCGAUGUUAGCUAUAAUCGCGGUGAAGGUACAACUUUAGCAGAUAUUACAAAUUUGAGAAAUCAUCAUGCAACAACAAUGGAUGGCAGUACAAUAAAUUUAACGCACAGCGAAACACGUGACCGCAUCACGUUGGCAAAAUCACCGGUGAGCGGCAAACCGACACGCCUGCCCUCACUGCACUCCAUGGGCAUCGACAGUGGCGGAAAUGGAAGCGGCAGCGGUAGUGGUAGUGGCAGUGGCAGCAGUGCCGGUGUGCUCACCUUUCAACAAGCCAUGUCUGGCGCGGUCUCACCACAGUACUCUUCGGCCACACCGCUACUGUUUGGUGGCGGCGCCAGUGGCGCAGGCAUUGGUGGCAGUAUAGCCACAAAUAUGGAUUUGCUAUGUGGCUCAUCGUCGGCACUCGCUUCGGUGUUGGAGGAUACGUCAACAAGUGCUGGUGAAAUGGUCAGUGACAUACUCCAGACUGGUGAUUCGCCAACCAUGCUGAACCAUCAGCAUAACAACGCCGGUAACGGCAAUGGCAACGGCAACAAUAACAAGAAUAACGGCUUGAAUGAUAGCCACUAUGAACUAGAUGUAAUCGAAAGUGGCAUUGGAAGCGUGGGCGCGGUCGUCAAUGUGGGCACAAGCGGUGUGCAGCGUGCCGCCUCCAAUAUAUUACACAGCAGUUCAGCAACCAUUGCACAGCUGCAGGGCAGUCGGCAGCGUCAACGGAUGCGCACCUCGAGUAUGCCAGCUGAAAGUAGAAAGCCACGUCUCGCCGAUACGCGACGUGCAGCAAUACAUUGUGCCGACCUCGAUUUGGAAUAUUAUCGCUUGCGGAGCUUCAGCAUCACGUCGCAUGGUGUAUGCAAUUUGGGUGAUUCCCUGCGAAGCCGCCGAUCACGUUCAAUAAACUCGGUUACGUCGACGGGCACUUCCAACAGCGGCAAGGACCACCGGAACAACAGCAAUGCUUCACAUAUAUCCGGUGAGAAUAUUUUCGAGUCUACCGAGAAACAGGAUGCAGGCAAAGUGCCGAUACCCGCCUAUAAAAUUGCAAUGCUUGGCGCUUCUGGUGUUGGCAAAACGACAUUAACCUAUCAAUUCACAACAUCCGAUUAUAUUUGUGCAUACGACUUGAGUUUGGACGACGAUUACGGUCAAAAAACAGUAUCCGUGCUUGUUGAUGGCAUCGAAACGGACUUGGAAAUUAUCGAUCAUCCUGCCUGUGAAAUGUCGACGGAAGCCUUUUGUUCGACUUACAACAUCGAUUUGUUUGUGGUUGUAUACUCGGUCGUAGAUCGCAAUUCCUUCAAGGCGGCUGAGAAGGUUUUGCAGUAUUUGAAAGAACACGAAAUGUUACUGACACGUGGCGCUAUUUUAGUCGGCAAUAAAACGGAUUUGGAGCGACAUCGUGAGGUUAAUCGGCAAGCUGGACGUAAAUUGGCUAAAGAUAUUUGCUGCAAAUUUAUUGAAACUUCCUCCGGACUCGAUCACAAUGUUAACGAGCUACUGGUCGGCAUUGUCGCGCAGUCCAAACUGAAUCCACAGCGUAUACGUAACCUCAACGAGCGCGAUCGUCAACGCCUCAGCCUACAGAGUGCUAUACAAAAGCACCGGCAUAUGCAUAUAGCGCCACGACGUAUGGUGCGACAGGUAUCCAUGUAUCACGCUGACGACGAUGUCGAUGAUGCAGCCGACAAUGAGAACAACGGAGGAAACCGAGCUGGCGCUGGCACCAACAACGCCGAUAACAAUGAUGAAAACCAAACGGCCGCUGAUGAAGGCAUCGGCACCGGCAGCGAACGUACCGUCAGCACCAGCCUCUCUUCAACCGGAAUGGGCAUCAAACUAGCAACCACGAAGAACUAUGUACAACGCACGAAUAAGCGUACGCUCAAUCUGGAAAGUAUACUCAAGAUGGGUGAAAGCGAGUUAGAAGAUGAAGAAGAAGCGAUACAACGUCAACCGCCACUCGGGAAGCAACAACAGCAAACGCGUCCACUAAGUAAAUUCGAUAUGCUGCUAGCUGGAGGCAAGAAUAGUUUAAACGCAUCCCCAAAGAAUCGUCGAUUUUACGGCAGUGGGGCAGUGAGUGGUGCCAUCGGCGCUUUUACAGGAGGCAGGCGCUGUGUUAGCGAUGGCUCAACCAGUGACAAUUACACGGAGAGCAAUGAUCAGCUAUUGGACGAAGGUAAUCGGAAGACAGUGUCCAAGUUAACGAAUCGCACGAAAGUGUUUCUCUCAUCGGUACUGAAAUUCAAGAAGGCGGUGAAUAUGCGGCGAAGAAACUCUUCGAGUUGUAGUGAUCUAUUCGUUAUAUAA